GCUCCGGGAGCCAAGGAGGGGAGGGGGAAAGCGCGGAGUGGCCGGUGCCAUUCCUCUAAGAGGGUGACGGAGGCUGGGAGGGAUGUACCAUUCCACAGGGGGGGACGCCACUCGGUGCAGUGCCGGCCAUUCUAACAGCAAGAGGGGGAGCCGUGGAGGGCCGUAACCCUGAGGGGCGACGCUUCAUAGCGGCAUCUCCUUUCUCUGGCUCUGCUAGGGACAGCAUGAAGCCAGGGCAAAGUCUGGGCCCCCGCGCUAUGCUCCAACCCGGCGAGAUACCGGCCUUUUCACGCCUGCCGCACCGCCUCCCCCUUGCCGUUCUCAUGGAUCCGCCCAACGGGCGGCGAGGGCGGAGACAUCCCCGGAAGUGGCUCUAGUGCACUUCCGGGUCGGGAGCGCGCUGGCGGCGACGGCGACGGCUGGGAUCUGGGCGGCUGCGUCCGGGGCCUAGUUCGGUGGCAGUGACGGGAGUCAGAGCCGAGGCCCAGGCUGGGCUGGAGUGGAAGCGGGACCCGGACCCGGACCCGGACCGAAGUCGAACCCGAGCCGCAACGAAGCGGGAGCAGCGCCGGGGCCGAGCCACUCCCAAUGUACAGCCAUGGAUGAGGACAGUCAGGACGAGCUGAUCCGCAGGGUCCGAGGGCAGCGCGGAGGAGGCGGGGGCCGGCGCCACCUGGAAGUGUUCAGCGAGGAGGAGGACAACGGCAGUGAGCAGGGCCCAAGUGGAGCCUCUGGGGAUGACCCUGACAGCAGCAGCAGUGAGGAGGAGGAGGAUGGAGAGGAAGGCUCCGAUUGGGAGAGUUCCGAAGACGAUGGUGACUCUACGGAGGGAGAAGGGCCAGAGGUGGCUUUGGGGGCCACCCCAGAACCCCCCAAAGGACAGCCAGAGCCUCUAGCCGGGGCAGGUGUCAGCUCUGACGAGGACGCUGAGAGCUGCCCCAUCUGCCUCAAUGUGUUCAGGGGCCAGGCAGUGGGCACCCCAGAAAACUGCGCCCACUACUUCUGCCUCGACUGUAUAGUGGAGUGGUCCAAGAAUGCCAACUCCUGCCCUGUGGACCGAAUUCUCUUUAAAUGGAUUUGCAUUCGGGCAAGAUUCGGUGGCAAGGUCUUGAAAAAGGUCCCUGUGGAGAGUCAAAAGGCCCCUCAGGCUGAGGAGGAGGGAGAAGACCCAACCUUCUGUGAGGUGUGUGGCCGGAGUGACCGGGAGGAUCGGCUGCUGCUCUGUGAUGGCUGUGACGCCGGGUACCACAUGGAAUGUUUGAACCCAUCCCUGAGUGAGGUGCCCGUCGACGAGUGGUUUUGUCCCGAGUGUGUUGCCACAGCGGCCCCCACAGCAGCCCCUGCUACCGCCAAUGAUGUGGAUCCCGUGAGUGAAGAGGAAAUGGCCUUGCUCCUGGUUGAUGUCGUCCCCACUACCAGCCGGCUGCGCCCCAACGUGGGGCGGACUCGGGCUAUUGCCAGGACUCGCCAGAGUGAGCGGGUGAGAGCUACUGUGAACCGUAACCGCAUCACCACCGCCCAGAGGAUUCAGCGGGUGCCCAGGUACCUCAUGUCAUCUCUGCUCGACGAGACCAUCGAAGCCGUGGCCUCGGGUCUGAGCACUGCCGUGUAUCACCGCCCCGUGACUCCUCGCACCUCAGUCCGACGGAAAAGGAAAACAGGGAGAAGGAAGAAAGCCUCUGGAAGAAAGAGAGCCUCCUCCAAAUCCUCGGGGAGAAGCAAGAGCUCGGGGGCCCGUCCCAAGAGGCGCAAGGCCCGAGCCAAGAAAAGGAAAGGCCAGAAGAGCCAGGUGAAAACCAAAGUCACGGCUCGUUCUCGCAUCGCCAGGACGCUGGGCCUUGGGAAGCCCCUGCGCGGAGCCUCCAUACCUUCUGUGUACAAGCCGGUUGAGCCUUCUCUGGGCUUCAUGAGGGCGGACAUCGGAGCGGCUUCCUUGUCCCUGUUUGGAGAUCCCUACGAGCUCGACCCCUACGAUAGUAGUGGAGAACUCCCAGCAAACCAGGCGUCUCCUCUGAGCACCAAGAGGCGGAUCCUCUCACAGUCGGCCCUCAGAUCUCAUCAGCCUGUGGCUAGACCCAUUUCUGUGGGGCUUUCCAGGAGGAGCGUCCCCGCCGCCUCGGGCCCCGAACAAGACCUCGAGGUGGCUCCUGUCCCAGACCUCUUGGGGAGCAUCCUCUCUGGGCAGAAUCUCCUGAUGAUGAGUGGCUCUGACGUGGUCAUCAACCGCGACGGGUCCCUCACGGCCCGGAAGGCAGCCCCAAUUUCCCUGCAGAGAAGUUCGACUGCUAAGGCCAGGGAAGAUGGAGAAGGCAGAACUAGGGCCAGCGUCCAGCCCAGGACCCUGCAGUCGGGGCCCUCGGCCACCCGCCUCGGUGCAGACGUCUCUGAGCAUUUGGGCUUGAACUCGCAUGGGGGGCCAACCACCGGCACGUUUGCCGCUUCCUCCUCCUCCUGCCUCGGGGGCCCAGAGAAGUCUGGGAGCCCUUCCCCGAGUGCACCCAGAAGGGCGGCUGUGAAAUUAGAAUAUUCAAUGACCCCUCGCUCCGUCCAGACCCAGAACUUGGCAAAUAGGAGCAGACUCGGGUUAAAGCCCAACGAAAUGCCCCAGUUUAAUGGAGACAAGCGUCCUGUGUCAGUGACGUCUGCGUCCCCUAAGGUUUUGAAUGGCCACUCGAGUUCCCCACCACAGAGACCAGCUAUAGGGCAGCCCCUCCAGCCAGCUCCCAGGCGCCGGGACAUCUCGGAGCUGCCCAGGAUACCAAAGAUGAAGAGAGAAGGCAGCAGCGAUGGGCGCGUGAACCCCGAACCCACUGGCAGCAGAGGCGCGGACAUCCCCAACUCCUGCAUCAACCGUCUGACAGGCCGGGAAGGCAGCAGCCAGCCUGCCCGAGGGGGCCGGGUCGAGAGCAAGCCCAGCGGCCGGGACUCCCAGGAACCCAAGACACACUCGGGCAGCAGCUCCUGCACCGGCGCCAGCACCAGCGGCCCCGGCUCCCACAGCAGCCUGGCUCCCUUCGGGCCAUCUCGGGGCAAGGGCCUGGGCUCCUCCUUUGAAAGCUUCAGAAUUAACAUCCCCGGGAACACGGCACACGCCAGCAGGCUCCCCAACCCCGGCUUCUGCAACACCUUCAGGCCGGUGGACAACAAGGUCCAGCGGAAGGAGAACCCUUCACCCCUCUUCUCGAUCAAGAAAACCAAGCAGAUUAAAAGCGAAAUCUAUGACCCCUUUGAUCCCACGGGGUCAGACUCGAGCUCCCCCGGCAGCAGCCCCGAGCGCCUGGGCGCGGGGCUGCUGCCCUCGGAGAUCACCCGCACCAUCUCUGUGGACAGCCCAAAGGUCUCGACCUUCCAGACCGUGCGCUGUGUGACCUCGUACACCGUAGAGAACGUCUUUGGGUCCGGCUCUGACCCGUCCGAUGGGCCAUCCUCCAGCCACCUCGAGCAGGUGGACAAGCUGGAGGAGGAGGAGGAGGAGGAGGAGGAGGAGGAUCAGGCCGGGAGCAGUCCCUGUGCAUCCAGCACUGUGCGGCGGCAGCUUUCCGAGAGGGAGCCAGGGGAGGCCGAUGGGCGCGAGCGGCGAAGCACCUUCUUUGACAUGGAGGAGCGGACCGUGACCUGCGUCACCAUCGAGCCGGCCUCACCCUCUGAGGAAGAGGAAGAGGAGGAAGAGGAAAGCCGGCCACCAGCCACCACCCACAGAAUCGUGGAGAUCCGCUCCCCGUCUCGCUCACGCUCCAACUCAAGCUCGCGCAGCCACAAGAAAGCCAAGCGGAAAAAGGCUGCUGCUACCAAAGAGCGCCGGAAGACCCGGUCCCGCUCGCACUCUCUGUCCCGUGAAAGAAGCUCACGGUCUACCUCGUGGUCAGUGGAAGGAGACUGUGCCAAGAAGCACCGCUUCCAGGCCAAGCCGCGGAGGUCAUCCAGUGACCGCUCCAGUAGCCGCGACCGUGGCCGGAAGAAGAGGGAUAAGGGCAGGGGCAAGGAGAAGAGGAGGGGCCCGUGGUCCCGGGACCGCCGUAAGUCCCGCUCACACUCUGGGAGCCCCGGUGGCGGCAGCUCCUCCUAUGAGGUUGGCGAGGGCCGCAAGAGGAGGCGGCGGCGGUCGAGCUCCCGGGGCCGUGGCCGAGAGGGCUCCCGCUCCAGCAGCCCAGAGAGAGCCCGCAGGCACAAGCGGCGCCGGCAGAAGGGCCUCGAGCGCUAUGAGAAGAAGGACAGGAGCUCACGGCCCCGUGACAGAAGGGGCUCCCGCUCCCGCUCCCGUGAGAGGAGAGGGUGGAGGUCCCGCUCUCCGUCCGCUUCCAGGUCUAGGGAGCACAAGAGGGCCAGGUCCAGGGAGAAGAGGCCCCGCUCACGGUCCAGGUCUCGGGACAGGAAGCAGCCCGGCAAAGGCACAUCUCCACCACCUCUGCCCCCUCCCCUGCCAGAAGAGCCCAAGGCCCCCGAGGAGAGUGUGGCCCCUGGGCAGCCAGCCCCAGACCAGGCCGGCCCUAGCCACGUGGAUGGACCGCAGGCCGUCCCGGGCACCGAGGAGACGCUGCCGGAAGCCCCGGCCCCAGCCCAGGGCCCUGAAGAGAUCGCAGCGGAUGACCUCGACUACGGCGACAUGGUGGAGGCAGAGCACAUCUUUGACGACUUCUCCAGCGAUGCCGUCUUCAUCCAGCUGGACGACAUGAGCUCCCCGCCUUCCCCAGAGAGCACAGACUCCUCCCCAGAGAGGGGUCUCCUGCUCCCCCUGCCUGUGCCCACAGGCAGCAGCCAGGGUAAUCUGAGCCUCCGGGCAGCCCCCGCUCCCCAGCAGGAGGCCAUUCCGGAGCCCCCCGCUCCCUCCGAGGGCCCCCCGCCGGAGGCCGCUCCCUCGCAGGGCGCCGUGGACAACCAGGCCGAGGAGGUUGCCGGCGAGGAGGUCGGCGAGGCUGCCGAGUCGGAAGCAGAAGUCAUUUCCCAGAUCCCCUCGCUAAAAUCGAAAGCCUUGGUGAAGAGGGUGACGUGGAAUCUACAGGAGGGGGAGGACAGCCUGGCAGGCCCAGAGCCCGGCCCAAGGCCGCCAUUGUACAAGCUGCCGAGAUCGCUGGAAGGGGCCUGGAAAGCCGAGGACCUGAACCCCAGCCUAAAUCAGGUGCAGUCCCGUGAGCCUCCGCCCACCAAUUACAUGGUGGCUGAGCCCAUGUUUCCUGACCUAGAUUGCUCUCAGGUUUACAGCCCCAACAUGCCUCUGACCCCGACUCUGCCCCCGAGCGUGCCUCCCUACGCCCCGGUCAGCCAGCCCACGGUCCAGUUCAUCAUGCAGGGCAGCCUGCCCCUCAUGGGCUGCGGGCCGGGCCAGAGCCUGACCGCGGAGCCGGCCAUGCUGGCGGCAGCCUCGGAGCCCGGCGGCCAGGCCCUGGCGGCGGGAGACUCGGAUGAGAAGGCGGCCGUGGCCAAGCCCGUGGGGGGCGGCGUGGCCUCGGCCUCCGCGGCUGCCACCACCUCCACAGGGGAGAAGCCCACGAAGAAUGAAGAGUACAUGAAGAAGCUCCACGUGCAAGAGCGGGCAGUGGAGGAGGUGAAGCUGGCCAUCAAGCCCUUCUACCAGAAGCGCGAGAUCACCAAGGAGGAGUACAAGGACAUCCUGCGCAAGGCCGUGCAGAAGAUCUGUCACAGCAAGAGCGGAGAGAUCAACCCCAUGAAGGUGGCCAACCUGGUGAAGGCCUACGUGGAGAAAUACAAGCACAUGAGACGGCACCGCAAGGCCCUGGAGCCCGAGGAGGAGCCCCACGACGCGGAGAACUGAGGAGGAGCCGCCGCCGCCGCCGCCGGCAGGCGGGAAGCACCAUUAAACUGGGCUCUGAAAGCUCGACUCCGGCCUUGUGUCCUUCGCCUGGGCCGCCGCGGCCGCCCCUCCCCCUCCCGCUCCCGCUCCCCCUCCCCCUCCUCGUGUACCGCGCACACAUGUAUACAUACGUACAGGACCCACCUCUCCCAUAGACGCUCUUCUCAUUGUGUUCUAAUUUAUCAAACAUGGAUUGUCUCUAGAAACCUCGCAAGCGAUUGAAUACUUGAACGGGCGGCCGGCGGCCGGGGCCACGUCCACGCCGGCCGGGGCCACGGCCGGCCGCCCGCUUUAGGAAGUGUCUUCUUGUUCCAAUUAUGUUUCCUGUCACGCAGUGCCCAGGGGGGGGGGGGGGGGGCGGGAGCGGCCCGCUCCUCCUGGGGCACCGCCCACCCCCACCCCCGGGCGGCUGGUCACGUGGCUUCUGGCUGUUGAGAACAUUUUGUAUUUUUUGAGUAGAGUUUGGUGGCUUUAAA